AUGUUGCUUUGACAAAGGACACGAUUUGAUUGAUAAAUUCUCGAUUUGUCAAAUGAAAAAUCCUAAAUAUUAUUUUACUGUACAAUGAAGAAGUGAUUGGACUAAAGUAAAUACGAAAUGGAUGACACAGAGAGCACCACAACUUCUGCUGAUGAGAACACUGGCAAUUUGUGCGACAACCCGACUAGGGACACAUUGGCAGAAGGUCUGCUCGGUCUUUUGAAACCUACUGUGGACCAGCUAGACGACAGAGUCAGAGCUACUAGGAUAUCCCAGUUAGAACUGAAGCAGCAGAUAGAAUCAUUGAAUGAGGAGCUGCAGAAUGUGCGAGAGGCACUGAACAACCAUCCUGACUUGGACCCCUACGUGAAGAAGCUAAUAUCUUGCAAACACAAAGUCACUGUUGUGCUGAAUGUCUUGCAGGCCUCACAGGACAGACUAAAUGAAAUAAGGCGUAUGGUCAGCAAAGAGAAGAGUGUGCGACCAGCUGUAGUGACAGAGCCAGCACCACAAGAGCCUGAGCAGGGCACCAGCGGCGUAGUGACAGACAGAGGGAGCAUCAACUGACAUGGAGACUCCCUAUCAGAACCACAUUGAUAAGGCUGACUUUGACCAUGUGUAUGAGCCUGCUGAAGACAGCUUUCUACUCAUAGAUGCCUUAGAAAAAGACCUACAAUACUUGAAAAGCAAAAACCCCAUAUUCUGCUUAGAAGUUGGUUCUGGCAGUGGUGUAGUUAUAACAGCACUUGGUAUGGCAUUCCCACACACUUUCUGCUUGAGCACAGAUGUCAAUUUAAAAGCUUGUGCAAUGACCAAGCAAACUGCUGCUUAUAAUAAAGUUAAUUUGGAUUCAUGCAACAUGGACUUGGCUAGUUCCUUCACUGAUAAUAUUUUUGAUGUUAUCAUCUUCAAUCCACCGUACGUGGUGACGGACAGUGAGGAGUGUGGAGGCAGUGACAUCACAGCUAGUUGGGCUGGCGGGGCUAAGGGCCGUGAGAUUACUGACAGGCUACUCAACAUGAUACCAAAGAAACUAGCCAAUAAUGGAGUCUUCUACCUUCUGCUUAUUGAAGAAAACAUUCCAGAUGAAGUUGUUCAAAUUAUGAACGGUUUUGGAUUUAAAUCUGAGACAGUUAUUAAGAGGAAAGUAAGAAAUGAGCAACAAUUAGUUUUAAAGUUUUAUAAGUAAAGGUCAUAUUCCUAAUCUGCAAUAUUAUUUUAACAGAUUGUUAAAGAACAUUUACUGCUUGUAGAUUAUUGUUUAUAGCUAAGGUAAAAUUAAACUACAGUUUAUAAUAAUAUAUUGCAGCCAAUUUGUUGUAUAUUAAAUAAGUUUAACAAUAACAUAUAAUAUGUAACAAAAAUAUAUUUUGUAAGCAAAAA